GGUGCCACGGGGCCGGCGGUCCCCACAGAGCUGCCGCCUGACGAGCGUCGCGCGGUGCGGGACGGGGCGCUGGUGCUGACACACCUGGAGCCCAACGACACGGCGGUGACGCAGUGCGAGGCGCACAACCGCCACGGCCGCCUGCUCGCCAACGCCUACAUCUACGUGGUCGAGCUGCCGGUGAAGAUCCUGACGGCGGACGAGAGCCGCUACGCCGUGGUGGAGAACGGCACGGUGUUCCUGCACUGCCGCGCCUUCGGGGCGCCCGCGCCCGCCGUCGAGUG